AUGUCAAAUUUUAAAAUAAUUCGUACUAUCGAAACAAAAUUUGGAAUCAAUGUUAUGAAAUGUAAAUCUAAUAGAACUGGGUUAUCAGCUAUUCUUGUCGAUGUUGAAGCUCCCUUGGUCAGUGGAUUUUUUGCAAUCCCAACUGAAGCCACGGAUGAUGAUGGAUGCCCUCACACUUUGGAACAGUAA